AUGAAUCGCUGUUGCUGCUUUCUGCGGAAGUAGUCUUAUAUUCUCUUUCUGUCAGUGUAAAACACGGCCGUGCUCUGUGGUGUCUCCUCCUGCACACAGAAAUUCGUACCGACACACAGAGGAGGAUGUCUGCAACUGUGAAAAAUCCUUUUCAACAUAUAGUUGAGCCUCUGGACCCCAACGACCCAAAGGAGCAGUUUUACAAUCUUUCCAAACUUGGAGAUCCCCGAUAUGACCGCCUGCCCUUCUCUAUCCGGGUCCUCCUGGAGUCUGCUGUCAGGAACUGUGAUGAGUUUCUGGUGAAGCGCUCGGAUGUGGAAAGCAUCCUCAACUGGAAGCAGACCCAGACUCAAACUGUGGAGGUGCCAUUCCGACCCGCUCGCGUCAUCCUCCAGGACUUCACUGGUGUCCCUGCUGUGGUGGACUUUGCUGCCAUGCGUGAUGCGGUGAUGAAACUGGGCGGUGACCCAGAGAAGAUUAAUCCUGUUUGCCCCGCCGACCUCGUCAUCGAUCAUUCCAUCCAGGUGGACUUUAACAGGAAGUCGGACAGUCUUCACAAAAACCAGGACUUGGAGUUUGACCGCAACAGAGAGAGGUUUCAGUUCUUAAAGUGGGGCUCAAAAGCCUUCAGGAACAUGCGCAUCAUCCCUCCUGGUUCAGGGAUCGUUCACCAGGUCAACCUGGAGUACCUGGCCAGAGUGGUGUUCAACCAGGAUGGCUUCUUCUACCCAGACAGCCUGGUGGGCACCGACUCCCACACCACCAUGAUCGAUGGACUGGGAGUGCUGGGCUGGGGUGUGGGUGGGAUUGAGGCGGAGGCCGUUAUGCUGGGUCAGCCAAUAAGCAUGGUGCUGCCUGAGGUGGUGGGAUACAAGCUGUCCGGGACUCCAAACAACUUCAUCACCUCCACAGACAUUGUCCUCACAGUUACUAAGCACCUCCGUCAGGUGGGUGUCGUGGGGAAGUUUGUGGAGUUCUUUGGCCCAGGCGUUGCUCAGCUGUCCAUCGCCGACAGAGCCACCAUCGCCAACAUGUGUCCGGAGUACGGAGCCACAGCAGCCUUCUUCCCCGUGGACAACGUCAGCAUCCAGUACCUGGAGCAGACCGGGCGAGAAGCAGAAAAGCAGGCGUACGUUACAAAGUACCUGAAGGCAGUGGCCAUGUUCAGAGACUACAACGAUGUCUCCCAGGAUCCAGACUUCACUCAGGUGGUGGAGCUGGAUCUGACCACAGUGGUCCCAUGCUGCAGUGGCCCCAAAAGACCUCAGGACAGAAUCCCUGUGUCCGACAUGAAGACAGACUUUGAAGCCUGCCUGGGAGCAAAGCAAGGUUUCAAGGGCUUCCAGAUGGCUCCAGAGCGUCACAGCGCUGUGGUCCCCUUCCAGUUUAACGGGAAAGAGUAUUCACUAAGCCACGGCUCCGUGGUCAUCGCUGCCAUCACCAGCUGCACCAACACAAGCAACCCAUCUGUCAUGCUUGGAGCAGGGCUCCUUGCAAAGAAAGCAAUCGAGUGUGGCCUGAGCGUGAAGCCAUACAUAAAGACCAGCCUGUCACCUGGCAGUGGAGUGGUCACCUCCUACCUAAAGGAGAGCGGGGUCAUGGACUACCUCUCUCAGCUGGGCUUUGAGGUCGUUGGCUACGGCUGCAUGACGUGUAUAGGAAACAGUGGGCCGCUCCCCGAGCCGGUGGUGGAGGCCAUAACACAGGGAGAUCUGGUUGCUGCAGGGAUCCUUUCAGGAAACAGAAACUUUGAAGGGAGAGUCCACCCCAACACCAGAGCCAACUACCUGGCUUCCCCCCCGCUCGUUAUCGCCUACGCAAUCGCCGGCACUGUGAGAAUCAACUUUGAGAGCGAACCCGUUGCCAUAAACUCUGAAGGCAAAGAGGUUUUCCUGAGGGACAUCUGGCCCACACGGGAGGAGAUCCAGGCUGUGGAGAGGACGUUUGUCAUCCCAUCCAUGUUCAAAGAAGUCUAUGAGAAGAUUGAGAGAGUGAAUGAAUGCUGGAACGCUCUGGUUGCUCCCUCUGACAAGCUGUAUACCUGGGACCCUAAAUCAACCUACAUCAAGUCCCCGCCGUUCUUCCAUGGUUUGACCAAGGAGCUGCCGCUAUCCAAGUCCAUCCAGGACGCCUACGUGCUGCUGAACCUGGGAGACUCGGUCACCACCGACCACAUCUCUCCUGCUGGGAACAUCGCCAGGAACAGCUCUGCAGCACGCUACCUCACCGACAGAGGUUUGAGCCCACGGGACUACAACUCCUACGGCUCACGUCGAGGUAACGACGCCGUUAUGGCCAGGGGGACGUUUGCCAACAUCCGCCUCUUUAACAAGUUCAUCAACAAGCAGGCGCCACAAACCGUUCACCUGCCAACUGGAGAGACGCUGGAUGUGUUUGAUGCUGCAGAGAGAUACCAGCAGGCCGGCGUCCCUCUGCUGGUUCUAGCAGGGAAGGAGUACGGCUCAGGCAGCUCCAGAGACUGGGCAGCUAAGGGCCCCUUCCUGCUGGGUAUAAAGGCAGUGGUGGCAGAGAGCUAUGAGCGGAUCCACCGCAGUAACCUGGUGGGGAUGGGAGUGAUUCCUCUGGAGUAUCUAGCAGGAGACACUGCCGACAGCCUGGGGUUGAGCGGCCGAGAGCGCUACACCAUCAUCAUGCCCGAGCAGCUCACGCCCAGGAUGAUUGUGGAUGUGAAGCUGGACACGGGGAAAACAUUCCAAGCGAGGAUGAGAUUCGACACUGACGUGGAGCUGACGUAUUUCCACCACGGAGGCAUCCUCAACUACAUGAUCCGCAAGAUGUCUGAAAACUAACAUGUAAAGAUAUACUUAUAUAGUAAGGAUAUGCAAAUUAAGAGGAUGGUGAUUUAAAGAGUUUUAACAGUCGGCUCAACCAGAUGUCGUAGCUGCUCUCUGGGGGGGGGGGUGUCGGUCAGGGUUUCAGGUAACUGAGGUAAGCCAGUUUAUCACAACGCGGGUCUUAUCGUUGUGUUUCUGGUCUUCAUCACUUUAAAGCUGUGUUCCUUUUCAUGGUACCAACCGAUAUGAUUUGGUAAAGUACAACAACACCAAAAGGUGAAAAAUGGACCGUCAAUACUACGUACUGAUACUUAGAAGGUGAUCAAGAAGUAGUUAAUACUGUGUUGAUAGGAAGGUUCACCUUGUUUCAUGAGUUUAAUAUUGUGUUCGGUUGCUACCUCUACAUAGUUUCACUGUGAUAGUGCAUGGGGAUCAACGUGGGCCAGAGAGAUACCGGAGUCCUUUCAAUGUGCCUGUUUUUCUCUUUUAAGUGUGUCCGUUAGCUCCACUGCACAUUCCAGCCAAUGGUUGAUCAACAGGUGGCAGUAAUGAGCUAAGAUAUGCAGCAAUGUGCCAUCAAAGGCAGGAGGAGAAGCUAGUAGACAUUGACGUAAACCUUUUUGAUAUGAAGUGCCAUUUUUAAAUAGUUUUCUUAAUCCUUGAGCCACAGCAUUAAGUUGAAUCAUGGCGUCACAUCAAAAUGUACUUCUCCAACAGAUCUGUAAUUCUAUUCCAUCCAUAUAUGUAACGUGCAUAGCAUUAUUUUGUAGUCGUAUUAGAGCACUAUACAAGAAGGCUGCCAUCCUAAUGAAAACAUCCACAUCUGAGUUGAAAUCAUUAACCUACCAACCUUCCCCCAAUCUCAUCCAUCAGCAAGAAAGUUCUGCGAAGAAGAAAAUGAGUACCAGCCAAUCGGAGGCAGAGGGCGGGUCUUCACAGAUGCCAUAAAUAACAGACGGAUAAAGCUCUGCACUGACAAGAGUAGUGUCAAUAAGGUCCUAUCAAUGCCAAUGUUGUAAUAAUCCAGAAUUCUUUAAAAACAAGGACCACAAGUCAAUAAUAUAUUAUUCUUGACUUGUCAAAGAGAAUGGACUUGAUGUACAUCUCAGCUUUUAAGCCAACAAUGGAUCGGAAGUGGUUGAAAGCUCCACAAAAGCCACUGCAUGGACCAUGUAGUGAGGUCGCCUUGUUGGGGAUAAUAUACUGUAUUAUUGGAGGUGUGGGAUCCAUAAAUCAUAAAGGAAGACACUUUUCUCCUCCAGCUAAACAUGCUGUGGUGAAGGACUGUAUUACAGUCAUGGUUACCGUACAUUCUGUGUACCAACCUGUAGAUCUUCUGCACUUUUAUUCACCAACAUGUUCUCGGAUUACUGUAAAGAAAACGUCAUUGUUCAUCUGCUGUUGUGUGUGUCAACCUCAUGUUUUUGACUGCCUUAAUAACUUUCUUUAUUGAGUCUUCACCCUUUGUCCUAAAACACUGAUCAUUCUGAUUAUGAAGUCUGACCAAAUCUUGCACUCUGUCUGAAUGCAUUAAAACACUGAUUACUGAAAACAGAA